AAGUUAUACUGCAUGUGGAUGGGCAGCAUAGGCGGCGUUCACGUUGGCGUUGUUAUCCAUACAGAUAUAAAUUAGUGAAAUAACGCCGGAUAUAAGAACGCUCGCCAACGUGACGCCACAGGAAGAAAAAGGAAGCCAUUCGCCGGUACAUAAACUGGAUUUCCCGCGAGAAGAAGACAGGAAAACGUUUUUAACUUAAAAAUCACCUUUUGUGUUUGACUACCACUUAAUUGUUUUCUGUAGUGUCACAGCAUAUCUGUAAAUAACAGCCGGAUAUUAAUUCAACAACUCCCAAUGGAUAAAGAGUGUGUGUUGCUGCUGCCCGGCGUGUGUGCACUACUGGCGGACUCCAACCAGCCUUUGCCGGAUGACACCAGCCUGGAGAAACUUCUGGACCGUCUAACGGAACUCUCCGAGGCUGGUGUGUCUCUUCCGGAGAGCUGUCCAUGUCUGCUUGACUUCCUCUGCACUGUGACCCACAACACCACCUGUGACCCCAGCAUCCUCUCCUUCGCUCUCAAGCUCGGCGGCCUGAUGGCGUCCACGGAGGACGGCUUCACAGCCCUGCAGGAGCGCUCCGUGCUGGACGUGUCCUUUAAGGUCCAGCACUGGCAGAAUGCUGGGCUGUGGGAGGAUCCAUGUGUUCGCAUUGGAUGGAUUCACGGUUUUAGAAGAAUGCUGCUGCACCCAAAGGCGCUUUGUUUCUUUGUGCUGUCAGAUUCUACAAAGCCCCUUUUGCAGCUGCAGAGGGAUGCCAGUCUAUUUGUGGCUUCGGCUGCCAGCCAGUUGUUGGCCCACAUCCUGCUCACCUAUCAGGAGACCUUGCAUGGAGAAGAUGGCAGCAUGCAGCCACAAUACACACAUGUCAUCCAGCAAACCACAGACUACAUGACGGCGUCUCUACUACCCAAAGACUGCACACAGAUAGCUCCAAGUCUGCAGGUCCUCCAGCUCCUGGCCAUCAUCCUGAACCGGGCUGGUCCUCCUCUUCAGGACCAGCUGCUCCAGGCCUUGGCCGGCUCCCUGGUGGAGGUGGUGGAGGUGGGCUACAGUCAGCUGACACCAGCGCUCAUGGACGUCAUUAUGUCUGUCUACAGCUCAGACAAGGAUGAAGGCGCCCCGCGUCACGCCGUCAGCUGUCUUCUGUCCGCCAUGUUGAACGCCAACAAGGCUGCUGACCUCCUUCACGCUGCGGCCGCCUUUCUCCAUGGAGGCCAUCAUGAUCCUGUCAACACAACGCUGGCAGUCAAAGUCCUCCUGAUGCCUCUCCAUGUUUGCACUCACAACUCCCUCCUGGCCACAGUGUCUGCAGGAGACGAGCAUCACGUACUGAUGGCGGCGCAGCUGAAGAGUAAAAGCGCCUUUGUCUCCCUCAUUUGUGUCAGCCUGAGAAACGCACCGCAAAUUGCGCUCAUGCCUCCCGAUGUCCUCCCGUGUCCCCCGGCUUCCAUGGUCCUGGCAGUGGUGUCGCUGUUGAGAGCGUGCAGCGGCGACCACUCCUCCGGCUGCAGUGAUGAGGCCUUCAGGUGUCUGCUUGCCAGUGGGAAAGUUCAGAAAUGCGCGUUGGAGGUUCUGGCCUCGCUCAGCAGCAGCCCGGGAGUUAACAGCACAAUGAAGUCAGUGUUUGAAGUUCUGAUCCAGCAUAUGAAGAACCCUGAUUUGGACCCUACAGUUCUUCACAAGUCCUACAAGGCCUUCAUACAGUGGAUGAACAUUUGCACGUCUUUUCCACAGCAGCUCAGAGAAGAUCUCAUGACCACGGUCCAGAAGCGUGUCUGUGACCCGCGCUGGGAGGUGAGAGACUCCAGUGUGGAGUUGUUGGGACAGCUGGCCGGCGUCCUCGCCCUGGAAUCAGAAGACCUGCCCAGCACAUCCACUCCCGUCCUCAGGGCGGCACUGCAGGACCCUGAGAGCUACGUGAGAGCCAGCGUCAUCGCUGCACUGGCGAGGACUCUGGCGCCCAGCUGGCAGCAGGGGGGCGGCGCCGCAUCAGGGACAGUGCGCCGCCUGCUGGACAUCCUCAGCGAGGACACGGAAGGCUUCGCCAGGCGGGCUGUAGUCCGCUACUUCAUUUCCUGGUUCUCCUCCUCGCCGUCCUCCUCGCCGCUCCUCCUGGACUCCGUGCGCCGCGUCCUAUCUCUGGGCAGCGUGGAUCUGGACUGGGAGGUCAAGGUCCACUCUUUGGAGCUGGCGGAGCUGCUGCUGGACUCGGUCCUCAAGGGCCGCCCGGGUUACGGCGAGAACGGGGGCGGACAGUCCUACGAGCCGGCGUGCGCACUUCACACGCGCAUAAACGGGCCGGACGCCACUUUGGACGCGGCGUUAGGUUUCUUAGUGGACCAAGGCGUCAUCCCCGCGCUCUUGGCAUGCCUGGUGGACUGCGAUCGACCCGUGGGACUGAAAGCCAGCCGCCUCCUGAUAAGCAUCAGAGACACGGUCUGCCCCCUGCUGGCCGACACCCGAGAUGAGCGGACCGCCAUGGCGACCUGCGUGCUGCCAGAGGAGAUCAGAUUGAUGCUGAGGAGGACGCCCGGUGACCAGGACGGGGAUCACCGCGUGGGCGUGUGCCAGGUGUUGACCUCGCUGGACUUGGACCAACGAUCAGUUCUUCUGAGCCAAAGCAGCGACCACGUACACAACUCCUUCCUGUCUCUGCUGCAGGACAUCAUGAGCGCCCGUGCCGCCCACGGCCACACGGACGCGGGUCAAGAGGUUGUCGUGGACUGUUACUGACACCUGACACGCCCCCUAGAGGUCAGGAGGUUGUAGUGGACUGCUGCUGACACCUGACACGCCCCCUAGGGGUCAGGAGGUUAUAGUGGACUGUUACUGACACCUGACACGCCCCCUAGGGGUCAGGAGGUUGUAAUGGACUUUUACUGACACCUGACAUGCCCCCUAGGGGUCAGGAGGUUAUAGUGGACUGUUACUGACACCUGACACGCCCCCUAGGGGUCAGGAGGUUAUAGUGGACUGUUACUGACACCUGACACGCCCCCUAGGGGUCAGGAGGUUGUAGUGGACUGCUGCUGACACCUGACACGCCCCCUAGGGCUCAGGAGGUUGUAGUGGACUGUUACUGAAACCUGACACGCCCCCUAGGGGUCAGGAGGUUAUAGUGGACUGUUACUGACACCUGACACGCCCCCUAGGGGUCAGGAGGUUGUAAUGGACUGCUACUGACACCUGACAUGCCCCCUAGGGGUCAGGAGGUUAUAGUGGACUGUUACUGACACCUGACACGCCCCCUAGGGGUCAGGAGGUUAUAGUGGACUGUUACUGACACCUGACACGCCCCCUAGGGGUCAGGAGGUUGUAGUGGACUGCUGCUGACACCUGACACGCCCCCUAGGGGUCAGGAGGUUGUAGUGGACUGCUGCUGACACCUGACACGCCCCCUAGGGGUCAGGAGGUUGUAGUGGACUGUUACUGACACCUGACACGCCCCCUAGGGGUCAGGAGGUUAUAGUGGACUGUUACUGACACCUGACACGCCCCCUAGGGGUCAGGAGGUUGUAAUGGACUGCUACUGACACCUGACAUGCCCCCUAGGGGUCAGGAGGUUAUAGUGGACUGUUACUGACACCUGACACGCCCCCUAGGGGUCAGGAGGUUAUAGUGGACUGUUACUGACACCUGACACGCCCCCUAGGGGUCAGGAGGUUGUAGUGGACUGCUGCUAACACCUGACACGCCCCCUAGGGCUCAGGAGGUUGUAGUGGACUGUUACUGACACCUGACACGCCCCUUAGGGGUCAGGAGGUUAUAGUGGACUGUUACUGACACCUGACACGCCCCCUAGGGGUCAGGAGGUUGUAGUGGACUGUUACUGACACCUGACACGCCCCCUAGGGGUCAGGAGGUUAUAGUGGACUGUUACUGACACCUGACACGCCCCCUAGGGGUCAGGAGGUUGUAAUGGACUGCUACUGACACCUGACAUGCCCCCUAGGGGUCAGGAGGUUAUAGUGGACUGUUACUGACACCUGACACGCCCCCUAGGGGUCAGGAGGUUAUAGUGGACUGUUACUGACACCUGACACGCCCCCUAGGGGUCAGGAGGUUGUAGUGGACUGCUGCUGACACCUGACACGCCCCCUAGGGCUCAGGAGGUUGUAGUGGACUGUUACUGACACCUGACACGCCCCUUAGGGGUCAGGAGGUUAUAGUGGACUGUUACUGACACCUGACACGCCCCCUAGGGGUCAGGAGGUUGUAAUGGACUGCUACUGACACCUGACAUGCCCCCUAGGGGUCAGGAGGUUAUAGUGGACUGUUACUGACACCUGACACGCCCCCUAGGGGUCAGGAGGUUGUAGUGGACUGCUGCUGACACCUGACACGCCCCCUAGGGGUCAGGAGGUUGUAGUGGACUGCUGCUGACACCUGACACGCCCCCUAGGGGUCAGGAGGUUGUAGUGGACUGCUGCUGACACCUGACACGCCCCCUAGGGGUCAGGAAGUUGUAGUGGACUGUUACUGACACCUGACACGCCCCCUAGGGGUCGCCAGCAACAAAUUCAAUUGACAGACUUGGGUUUUUAAAGAGAUGAAAUAUGAAGCAGCAUAUUUUCAUCACGCCAUUAAAAAGAUAAUCAGCCUGUUGUUGCGUAAGUGAGUGAACCUCGCUGUUACAUAAGUAGAAAUAAUGAAAUGUGAGGUGUGGGGAGUCUAUUUAUAGACCUGCCGCGUGAAAAAAGAUAAGGGUUGAUGCGCUCGUUCAUCAACGUUUAUUUUUGUAACCUGCUGACCGGCUUUUUGCAACAUUUUGGUGUUCCUAACAAGCGUCAUUGCUAAUACAUUACUAUGUUUUUUUUGUAAUACCAGGGUUUUAGGAUGGUCUGAUUCAAUUGAGGUGAUUUAAAGUCGACUGGCAAGUGACCAUUUGAGGUUUUGCAGAGUUUAUACUUAAUAAAUUAGCUUUUAUAAAAUUGUU